GUGUGCGCUAGCGCUCUGUUUGUGAGGCAGAGAGUUGCGUGCGAAGGGCUCGACAUGUCAUUCAGAGGAAUCCGCCACCUGAAACGCGAGGAAGUGAAGGCGACUCAAUUGGGUAUAAAGCAUCAGCCAACAUCUGCCCCGAGCAGUACAAAGCUGAUGAAAACAUCAGAUCGGAGCUCACACAGGACCUCUGCGAUUGAUUUGAUUUCCCUUGGAUUUAUCAUUUGGCAUUACCGAGUCGGUGCACCCAGAGAGACGCAUCUCUUUUCAGCACUUUAAGUGAAUGUGUCUCCACAGCCAUCACUAUACUGGAAUUAACUGAUACCCCCAGGGAUUUUGGCGCACCUGUUACCUCCACAGAGCGCGAAAUCAUGAUCCCUCCGGGAGACUGCAUGUAUGCGGGCAGAAAGAGGAGGAAGCCCGUCCAGAAACAGAAGCCGUCUGCUGCCAAUGAGAAAACCAACCCGUCCAAGCGGCACAGAGACAGGCUGAAUGCUGAGCUGGACCGGCUGGCCAGCCUGCUGCCGUUCCCCGCGGAUGUCAUCUCCAAGCUGGACAAGCUGUCCGUGCUGCGCCUUGCAGUUUCCUACCUCCGCGUCAAGAGCUUCUUCCAAGCGAACAAUGAGAAGCCUUCCAGGAAGCACGGCAUCAGCACAGCAUCCUCUAACCCUGAACCCCGGAAAGAGAGCAUUCCCCUGGGCACCACCGUCAAUGAAAGCAGCCUCCUCCUGGAAUCUCUUACAGGCUUUGCCUUGGUGGUGAGCAGUGAUGGCAUGGUUUUUUAUGCCUCUUCAACCAUUGUGGACUAUCUUGGAUUUCAUCAGACUGACGUGAUGCACCAGAAUGUGUUUGACUACAUCCACAUAGACGACCGUCAGGAGUUCAGACGGCAGCUCCACUGGGCCAUGUGCCCUCCACAGGGGAUGUCAGCACACCAGGACAGCCAGCUAGCUGCAGGGACUGGUGAGGACUUUGUAGUGAGCAGCCUGUUCCAUUCUCCGGAGGCAGGGGGAAUUCCUCCUGACCUCUCCUGCUUUCUCAACAGAUGUUUCAUUGCCAGAGUCCGGUGCCUCUUGGACAGCACCUCUGGAUUCUUGACUAUGCAGUUCCAGGGUCGAUUGAAGUUCCUCCACGGUCAGAAAAAGAAGUCAGCCUCUGGGGCUUUGUUGCCUCCCCAGAUGGCUCUAUUCUGCAUAGGUGUACCCCUCCUACUGCCCUCCAUCACUGAGAUGAAAAUGAAGAACAUGUUAAUGCGGGGAAAGAACAAGGGAGGAGGUGGAGGGAUUAUCUCUGCACUGGAGCAUGAUGAGCGAGGGGAACACCUCCGGAGGCAUUCCUUCAGUGGAGGAAUGGGUGACAUAGCCGACCCUCUCCUCCUCUCCUGUCCCACUCCUGGGGCUACCCAGCGGGGUCACCACACUCCCUGGACCCCGCUCUCCAAAUACAACCUCAAGUACCGCCCUGAGGGUUUCUACAACCAGGAGGAGCCCCUCAACUACUGCAAGUCCACUAUGGCUCCCCAUAAAGGUGUCAGUCCAGGCCUGGGCGGCGGCUGGCCUCUGCGGCCGAACUCAGGUCCCCUGAGAGCGGGCCAGGGUGUCGGCUACAUCCCCUCCAACCGCAUGAACAAGGCCGGCCAGUAUGGGAAGCCAUACCGCCUUUCCCCCAACUGCCAAAGCGGCAGAGGUAACGAGGUGUUUGUCUCUAAGCUCUACGGGAAUGUCCAGAUUCCCACAGACCCAGAUGCCUACUGUGUGGACCUGGUGAAGAAUGAGAACGACUACGGGGAAUGCUACGAUGGCCAUCUGAUGCCUGAGAUGCCACCCAUCAAGGUAGAGCAAGACUCGGACUCUGAGAACGGCGGCGAUGUCUACGGGCGACCCUGGGCUUGCCGCGACCCAGAGGCCAUCGACCGUCGCUAUUGUAACGGGGUAUACGACCAGAGCUCAGGCCUCCAUCUCAAAUCAGAGGCAGAUUAUUAUGACCCGCAGUACUCGCCCUGUCAGCGAGGGAAAGCAGGAAUCAGCCCGCCGUACAACAACGGCAACUAUCAGAACUAUGCAGUCAACAACAGCGGGAACACAACCGGCCGUCUCUUAAAAUGCGACAAAGACUUGGGCAAUAACAAUGAUAACAGCCAGUUUAGUCCUCAGAGACUCUCUCACUCAGACUCUCUAUGCAGCAACCAAUCAGUCAACCUCAUGGACUAUUCACAAGACCCUCACAAGGCCUACAUGCACCCGGACUACAACAAGCACGACACUUAUGAGUUCAAAGGGCACAGCCUCGUCCAUUCGAUCAAGCGGGAGCCCAUGGACUCCCCCCCGUGGGCUGAGAGCGCUCAUGACAUGAGCCAGUCCAUGAUGGUUGGUCCACGGAAUGUUAUGCCAUGUGUUAUGAGCACAGGGCACCACAAGUCCAGUCCCUACAUUUAUUUGCCAUAAAAGCGAUUAGAAGAUAUAGAAGAUAGAAGAUAAUCUCUCACACACACACACACACACACACACACACACACUUUGUAUUGCGCGACAUGCACCAGCAUUACAAAAGGAUUCCCAGGAUGUCAACAUUUAACAUGACUUCUUCUAUUUGAUGAAGGGGUCACAAACAAGGCUCAGGUUCUAGUGUUAACGUUGUGACAAUCAAAUAUCAUACUUUGAAUCCAGUUUAUAGAUAGAUGAUUUUGUUUUUAAGAAAUACAUUUUGUAGUUGGUUCCUAGCACUUUUGGAUUUAGUGACAAUGAGACGAAUUACGUCUAGAAAGACAAUUUUAUUUUGUUUUAUGUGUUGUGUACACCUGACUUUUGUGGGAGGAACAAAGAUUUUUUGGGAGGAACAACGAUUUUGCUGUAAAAAGAGACGUACAAACGUUGUACACAGGAGAUGACUUACACCUACUGCUGGGCUUAUCAAGGGAGAUGACUAAUAAGGAGUACGUGAAAACAACUUAAAGGAUAAUCUGCCUUGAUGGUGGUUUUGCAUGUUUAAGUGCUUUAACUAUGAAUUGCCUACCUUUUUCUUUACUUGCCCCCAGUGAUGUAUGAAUGGGAUCUACUGGUUUCUAUGCAAUUUAGACUUAAUUUAGACUAAAUCAACUUUAAUGAGACUUGAAACUAAAUUAAGUGAAGUAAAAAAAAAAAAGUUUGGUCAAAGUUACAUAAUUGUUGCCAGAUAAUACGUUUGCAACCAGGGUCUGUUUUGAAAACACUCAUUAUUAUGGCAUUCAACGACUCUGAUAUCUAUAAUUGGCAGCUGCAGAAAAUCUGUUUUUUAAUGUGUGACACAACCAAAUUCACAUUAUCUUUUCCACAACAUCUUUGUUUACUCUAAAUGUGUGUCCUGAAUUGGAUUUUCCAAUAGCAUAGCGUACAAUGCAAUGCUUUUGUCAGAGCAUCCUUAAAUACACCAAGAAGGUCAGUUUAAAAACAAAACAAAAAGGUUUCUCCUUACAAAUGCAGAAUCCUUUUGAAAAAAAUGUGUAGUUAAUGGACCAAAACAUGUAAAACUAUUGGCCAAAGUAUAAGUAUAUUCACUACAUCUGUUUAUUAAACUAGAACAGGGGGGCACAGGAAGUAGGGAAACUAACCCUUAACCACCACCUGUGGUUCAAGCAUGUGCUCCUUGGCUCUCACCUCCUUGUGGCAGAAAUAAAAGAUCACACUAGAAUUGCCCUUUAAAUUGCAGAACCUAAGAUGAACUUGGACCUAAGAAAGAUGGUCUGCGUCGGUUAAAUGACGAUGUUAAUUAUCAGUUGAAGGUUUGUUGGACAAGGUAGAAGUGUUUGUUUGAAUUGAAGGAAAAUAUUGUUGACAGGUUUGAUGUUCUAGCAAUGCGCACAAUCAUUUUAAUAUUUUAAGUAAUGCAAGUCCUGUUGAACAUACAAAUAAUUGAUCGAUUUAUGUAAUUUUAUAUCAAAGCUAAUGUACGGUUUAGAUUAGUGUUUAGGCAAGAUCGGCAUUUCAACUCGAUACAGCCUAUCUCACUGCAGAUAUGACACAUUUCCUUUGAAAUGAAUAUACACUUUUUGUGUUGUCUUUUGAGUCCGAAAACAUCAGACAUUGUCUUCACAAUCAAUAUGUUUGCACAAAUGCAUUAAAAGCACCACAUUGGAUUCAAUGUUAGAGUCUCAGUUCUGUGGAGCUACUGUUGUAGUUUCUAAAUUGCACUACUGGGAGUAGUUCAGUUGAAGUUCAGCCUACCCAGACAGGUUUUUUGAAUCAACACGCACAACUGUACAUGGUGUCACUGUUAUGACUUUGUCUUUUUCUCUUAGUGUGUGUUCAUUUCAAUAAAUGUUUGAUCAUUCAUAUUUAUUGUAAGAGGCAAAAGUGUAUAAUUUAAAAACUACAGUUUUGAAGGCUUUUCUGUUUCAUUAAGGUAAAUAAAUAUGGCUUAUUUUCUUGCUAUCUUUUUGAUAAUUGUUAAAAAGACUGUCAUACUUGUCUCAUGGAGGAGGUAGCUGCAAGGUAGCGAACACAGUGUACCUAUGCAGUGUCUUCCAAUGUUUCUACGUGUUUUUUUUGCAAAUGGGACUUAUGUAUUAAAAGACUUUUCUUUAAAUGGAAA